AUGGCCGCGAAAUCAAGGUCAACUAUCCGGUCAAGAUCUGCUGGCACGAAAGGUGGUAAAUUGGUACAGUCUCGGUUGCAUAUAGGUCCCCAGAAGACGUCGCUAAUCAAAUGCUGUCAAUGCGAGAUGACUUACUCGCCGUCUGCUCUUAAUGACGCUUCAGCUCACAGGGUAUACCAUGAUAUGCAUCUCAAGGGCCGUAAGUGGUCAAGCAGUUGGGGUACCGACGUAACGUCUCAUCAGGAAACGGUAAUGCUGACGCCUCCAUCAUCAUCCAAGAGUGACAGUAGGUUUGGCCAAAAUGAGAGGAUAGUCAUGAUACGAGCGGCGUCAGCACCGGAAGUGAAGGCUACAAUGGAGAUUAUGAACAUAGUUAAUGAUGAAUUGAACGCACCACACGAUGAGAAUGAGUUUUGGAGCUUACCUGGAGGGCAAGGGAAGGCUUUUCUGUACGUAAAGGAUAACAGAGCUGUGGGAGUAGUUACUGUGGAAGUGCUUGGGCCUAGUAGAGGAAGAUGGAUGGUGUACGAAAGCAAAAGCAUCAUAGAACAUGUCAGACCAACGUUUUUGCUUGGCAUUUCGAGGAUAUGGGUCUGCAGGACGGAAAGGCAUAAAAAUAUUGCCACAAGGCUAGUGGAAGCCGCUAGAGAGAAUACCAUAUAUGGCAGGAGCAUCGACAAACGGCAGAUCGCGUGGAGCCAGCCCACUGACAGCGGGGGGAAGUUAGCAUUCAGAUAUAACGGCACAAGACACAAGUCAGGAAAGAUACUGAUUCCAUGCUACAUAUGA